GGCUGCACGGUAUCGGCCCACCGCCCUUCGCGCGUCGGCCGAGGGGCGAUACUGCUCUUUAAGCGCGCGUAGGACGCGGGGCAGCGGUGCUGGCCGGGCGCGCGUGGAGUCGGCGGCGGUCAUGACGGACGGCACGUGUCUGCGCCGGAGGCGGCGUCCCGGCCAGACGGAGCCCGCCACCGACCCCAGCCGCUGGCGCCUCAGCAACGAGAAGGGGCGGCAGACGUGGACGUUCUUCCCCGAGGGCCGCGACCCGGGCCGAGCGCAGAGCGGGCUGGAAGCCCACUGCUUGGGGCUGGACACGGGGCGUCACUUUAAGGACUUGCCCAAAGCCCACACGGCCCGUGAGGGGGCUCUGAAUGGGAUGGCGUUUUACGCGGGGCUGCAGGCGGAGGAUGGACACUGGGCGGGUGAUUAUGGCGGCCCACUCUUUCUCCUGCCAGGUCUGCUCAUCACGUGUCAUGUGGCGCACAUCCCUCUGCCAGUGGGAUACAGAGAAGAGAUUGCACGGUACCUGUGGUCGGUGCAGCUUCCUGAUGGCGGCUGGGGCCUGCAUACCGAGGACAAGUCUACGGUGUUUGGAACUGUGCUCAACUAUGUGUCUCUGAGAAUUCUGGGUGUUGGGCCUGAUCAUCCUGACCUGGUUCAAGCCCGGAACUUUCUUCACAAGAAAGGUGGCGCUGUGGUCAUCCCCUCUUGGGGGAAGUUCUGGUUGGCUGUCCUGAACGUUUACAGCUGGGAAGGCCUCAACACUCUGUUCCCAGAGCUGUGGCUGUUUCCCAGGUGGGUGCCAGCACAUCCCUCCACACUCUGGUGCCAUUGCCGGCAGGUGUACCUGCCUAUGAGUUACUGUUAUGCCAUCCGGCUGAGUGCCGAGGAGGACCCGCUGAUCUGGAGCCUCCGCCAGGAGCUCUACGUGGAGGACUAUGCCAGCAUCGACUGGCCGGCGCACAGGAGCAGUGUGGCCCCUGACGAAGUGUACACGCCUCACAGCUGGCUGCUCCGCCUGGUGUAUGCCAUCCUCAACUUGUACGAGCGCCAUCACAGUGCCGGCCUGCGGCAGCGGGCCACACAAAAGCUGUACGAGCACAUCUUGGCGGACGACCUCUUCUCCAAGUACAUCAGCAUCGGCCCGAUCUCGAAAACCAUCAACAUGCUUGUGCGCUGGUAUGUGGAUGGGCCCGCCUCCACCGCCUUCCAGGAGCAUGUCUCCAGGAUUCCUGACUACCUCUGGCUGGGUCCGGACGGCAUGAAGAUGCAGGGCACCAACGGCUCACAAAUCUGGGACACCGCGUUUGCUGUCCAGGCUCUGCUGGAGGCAGGGGCGCACCACAGGCCCGAGUUCUCGUCCUGCCUGCAGGCAGCUCACAGGUUCCUGCAGCUCUCACAGAUCCCAGCCAACUUCCCUGACUAUCAGAAGUACUAUCGCCAGAUGAGCAAGGGCGGCUUCUCCUUCAGCACGCUGGACUGUGGCUGGGUGGUGGCUGACUGCACCGCUGAGGCUUUGAAGUCUGUCCUUUUGCUGCAAGAGAAGUGCUCCUCCAUCACCAAGCACAUCCCAAGGGAGCGGUUGUUUGAUGCUGUUGACGUGUUGCUGAGUAUGAGAAAUCCCGAUGGAGGGUUUGCCACCUACGAAACCACGCGUGGGGGGCACUUGCUGGAGCUACUGAACCCCUCGGAGGUGUUCGGGAGCAUCAUGAUUGACUACACAUAUGUGGAGUGCACCUCGGCCGUGAUGCAGGCGCUGAAGCUCUUCCACCACCAUUUCCCAGACCACCGGGUUGCAGAGAUCAGGGAGACCCUCAAGGAGGGCCUGGACUUCUGUCGGCGGAAGCAGAGGGCUGAUGGCUCCUGGGAAGGAUCCUGGGGGGUUUGCUUCACCUACGGCACCUGGUUUGGGCUGGAAGCUCUCGCCUGCAUGGGGCACACUUACCGAGAAGGGGCCGCCUGUGUGGAAGUCUCCCAGGCCUGCAGCUUCCUGCUGUCCCGGCAGAUGGCGGACGGAGGCUGGGGGGAGGACUUUGAGUCCUGCAAGCAGCGGCGCUAUGUGCAGAGCACCCAGUCUGAGAUCCACAGCACCUGCUGGGCCCUUAUGGGGCUGAUGGCUGUCAGGCACCCUGGCCUGGCGGCCCUGGAGAGAGGAGUCAGAUGUCUGCUGGACAGACAGCUCCCCAAUGGCAACUGGCCCCAGCACAGCAACAGUGGGGUCUUCAAUAAGUCCUGUGCAAUCAACUACGACAACUACAGGAACAUCUUCCCCAUCUGGACCCUUGGCCGCUUCUCCUGCCUGCACCCUGAGAGCGUCCUCGCUGGCUGCCCCUGAGAGCACAUGUGGGUGCCUGGCCAGUAUGGGGCUGCCACACGUGUGCCAUGCUAGGCCAGGCCGCCCACUUGCAGACAGCAGACCUUCAGGGUAGGCUUAGUUCUGAGACUAACUCGUCCAGUAUGGGUGGGGAAGGUGCUUGGGGAAGGCACAGUGUGUUCUGUGGGGUUUGUAGUGCAGGGCAUGGUGUGUAUCUGCUGUAGGGCUGGGAGGGCUUCCUCCACUGGCAGACAGUUGUUGGGAGGGGAGCAGUGGCCUCGCGCGUUUCCACCUGGUGCAGUCGCGUCAGCUCAGCUGAGGACUCGUGGGCCUCCCUAUGCCUGGCAGGGAGAGGCUGGCUGCCUUAUCACUGGCCACCAGGGCUCAGCCAGCAGUGGGAACCAGACUGGGAAGUGUCCUAUGGCCACACAGAGGGGAGCCAGACACGGCACACUGUCCCCACCCCAGGUCUCGACCCCACCCAAGCCGUUUUGUGGUUCACCCAGUAGGUGGGGUGCUGGCGUCCCCUGUUCUUGUGAGUAGCAAGCCUAACACAGGGCGGGGGUCGUCAGUGGCUCAGUGGUCCACAUCAUGGGGCACUGCUGUGUGGGGACAGCUGUGCGCCCAGCCUGCUACUCCCCACCCACUGUAGCGAGUCAGGCGGGAUGCCCCGGGGCAUCCUUCCAGCUGCGUCCAGCCCUCACACCCUAGGUUGUGUCCUGAGCUGAAGCCUGGCCAGAUUUCCAGGUUAAUGCCUCUUGAGGGGCAGACCUCUGAUUUCCCCUCUGGUUUCCAACCCUGUCUGGUUUGGCAAGCAUGGAUUUGGAGCUCAAGGUGGAAAAGCUGGGUCCUGGGUUUAACCCACGAAGACGAGUACCCAUGUACCCAAGCUUCCCUG